AAAAUGUCAUCAACUCCCACUGACGAUGCUCUUUACGGGACCGAUAAAGGUAUUACAUUUAGUUUACAUAAUUAUUUGUUUAGUUCUAUAUUCCUAAGCGAAAAUUCAUUUGGUCAAAAUUACAAGAAUUAUUUUUGACUGUCACUUUUUAUGCAAGCCUAACUAACCCGGAAUAACCGGACCCUGCUUAAACACUCCCUGAUCAGAAUUAUGCUGCCCUGUCUGAGGUCUGCAUAGCUUGAUCAUUUUCAGUCUACACUUUUCCUGUCUCUACAGUGUAUUGAUGUGUUACUUAGACACAUUGUAAACUAGUUGGCUCAAUCUGGACAUUAGGCACCAAUGUUUUUUUACAAUUUUAUUCAACAACACAAGCCCUUGCCUUGCUUAUGGUUAUGAUAUUGACAUUUUUUGAUCAUUUAAACUAGGCACUAGGAAUACAUAAUAUAGAAGAAAAACAAGAAUAACACAAUCUAAUUAGUACAUUACAGUGUUACAGGGGUCACAUUAGACCCAGUCAGUGACUGCGACCAGGUUGUAUACAUCUAAAUCAAAACUUAGAUUAGUUAGUUAAGUUAGAUUGAUGUGGUAAAUUAGGCUUUCUUACUUUCUUGUUAUUAAAACCCAGAUUUUUCUUGGGACCUUGCCUAAGUCUAAAGCAUAAGCUAUAGUAGGGUUUUCCACACUGCGUUGCCUCACAAUACACUGAAAAGGGUGGGAAACCCUGUCCUUUAAGAUAAGUUUUAAUUUCUACUUCACCCUCAGCAUAUUUAUAAGGAACAGGAAAGGCUCAUAAUUUUCAAAUGUUGAAAAUGUUUUCUUUUUCCCUACAGUUAUAGUGCAACAUUUUUCCAUAUUUGUGUAGACUGUUUUGGGCAAUUUGAAUUAUCCAGGAAAAAAAGUGUGGUAGUCAGCACAUUUACCACCCAAAAAAUGUAUCAGUAUUUCACAGGCUAUCUCACAUUUGAUUAGACCUCAUCCCCUCUUGCCUAUGUUGAUGAUUGAGUUUAAUGGACUUCAUACUCAAAAGAAGGGCUUUGAGAUUUGAGAUUACCAAUAAAGAUUGAGGGAGAGGGAAAUGUUUUGGCAAACGGAAAUUGAUCAAUUUUGAUUGUACGGUUGAUUACUUGGAAAUUUAAAUGCAAAAAAAAUUGCACAACAGUAAGACAUAAUAAAUUAAACUAUAAUGUGUAGUCUUAAAAACAUGCAUAGCUUUAUUAACUCUUUCUCUCCUAAUCAAUGCUGAAAUUGUCAAUUUUAAAUGAGGUUUCGGGUGGAUAGACAAUGGGAUCGGCGAUGUAUAAAAACCUGUUUAUUUCAGUUCUUUUCUUAGCUAUUGGUUUUUAAUUACUUUAAAUCAAAUCUAGAAUGAUUUCCCUUUGAUAAACAUCCGGUUUUUCUUUUUUCCAACGAGUUUUUAGGUAGAACGAAGUGUUUAAGCGGUUGUUUUGAUUGUCCAUUUUAUUUUUGUUUGCAAACAUGAAAUCUUGACCUGACCGAUCUGGUGAUCGAUCUAAUAAAGGUUGAAAAUAUUACUCUGAUUAUGAUUCAGACAGUCAUUUUAUGAUUUCAGAUGCAGAGGCUGAUUCUGAUGAAUCGUAUAAUUAUAAUCCUACCAUUAGUAUUACUAGGAUGAACUAAUGAAAUUUAUAAUUCAUCAGCUGAUGAACAACCAGCCCCGCCCCUAGCUAAAGUGCCUUCUAGAAAAGCUAACACAGUGCCUAUUAAAAUACUAGAUUCUAAAAGGAAAGCUCCUGAUCUUAGCACUAAAACUGAGUGCAAUUUCAGAUUUUUACCUUUGAAAAAUAUAGUCUUAAAUUUUGAGCUUGUAGCGUGACUAGUAAGUCAAAUAACCUUGACUCUUUUUUUUUAUUACCCAGCUAGACACACAUAUUAUUUACCAGCUUGUACUCUCAAUAAAUAUGUAUGCUUCCUACAGAAUUAAAAUCAACACUCCAACAAAAUUUAUCAAAGCACAUGUGCCAAUAAACUCCAAAAAGGAAAGUGUGCAAACACUAUAGAACUAGGCAAACUGUACCGAAAUACGUUUGUGCUGGAUGUGAGUCAAAUCUGCACAUCCAUAUGGUUUGCUUUCAGGCUUACCAUAGCUAAACCCAGAUGAAAAGAUAUUACAAAUUUAUGUUAAAUUUUCUAUUUACCAUAAUAAAUGUUAGUACAUAAAAGGAUACAGUGCAAAUAUUUUCAAAUAGCAACAGAUUGUUUCCAGUGGAAAAUGUAUUUUUUCAGACAUUUUUGUGUGGUGGUGACAAUGGAUGAUGUGCUUUGGUGUUUCAAUUUUUUCUUCUUUUUAAUGCAGGGGUCUCAAACUCGCGGCCCACGGGCCAUUUGCAGCCUGCAAGACGAUAUUUUGUGGCCCGCUAUAUGACAGCAAAGUUUAGUGCCCGCGCAUUUUGCCCAUUCUCAUCGAGUGGUCUAAUUCUGACUUUUAUUAUAUUUGUAUAGAUUUGGACAUUUAUUAUAAUGGUAAAACUCGUUUUAUAAUCGGACUAAAAGUUUUGAUUGUGUAGCAUUUUAUUUGACAAACAUGGCCAAAGUGCGGUUUAGAGAAAAGUUUAAAAAGUCAAUUUUUGGGUAAUUCCUAGCAGUCUGACACAGUAUCAAAGAAUCCCUAUUAAAAUUGCAUCUAGUGUUUACGAGUGAAGGCAAUACAAAACCUGUCAGCGUAGUCACUUUCAAAAUAGGGUUUGUCAAAAUGGCCUUUUCUACGAUAAAAAAAUAAAAAUUCACUCUCCAUAAAAUUGCGUCUUCCUUGGCAUCAAUAAUUCAUAAAUAUUACCUGCUCCUGCCUACUGCUUGAACACAUUUUAGCCUUCAAAGCCUUCGUGGAGAAGGAUGAGAUGGUUGUUCCUGUAUUAAGUGAUCCGAUAUGGCUCAUAGACUUAGCUUUUCUUGUUGACAUUACAUAGGUGCUGAAUGUACUCAACAAGAAGCUACAAGACCAGUGGCAGCAUGUCAGUGUUGCCUGUGGUGACAAUGUCAGUGCAUUGUGCACAAAACUUGCGUUAUGGUUCUUAGAGAAACCUAUGCCAUUUCCCAACAUGCAAAGGCCUCAUGCUCUCGGGAACGCCAUUCAGUAGUAAGUAUACUGAUGCCAUUGCAAAGCUACAGGAAGUAUUUGAUCACAUGUUUUCUGACUUCAAAACACACAUAGCCACUUUUCAAAUUUUUGCUCACCCUUUCUCCUUUAAUAUGGAAGAUGCGCCCCCCCCCCCAUUUUUUUUUCCCCGCGUCAAAUGGAGCUGACUGAUCUUAAGUGCAACUCUAAGUUCAGGGAAGUUAAUUGAAAAACAUCCAAGCAUGGUCAAUUUAUAUGAGCAUUGCCGUCCACCUUCCCGGUGAUUUCCAGUUUGUUCAAUGGAUCAUGUGCCUUUUUUUGGAAGUACCUAUCUGUGUGAAAAGCUCUUUUCCACUAUAAACUUUAACAAGUCAAAGUUCAGGGCUAAACGUACUGAUGGGCAUCCUCAAGCUAUUCUGAGGGUCUCGGUAGCUUGUUCACUCAAGCCAAAUAUUGCUCAGCUGUGUAAGAAGAAGCUCUGUCAGAUCUCUAGCAACAAGGAGUAGGAGAAAGAAAGUUAAGUGAAGCCUAGUUCUUGAGAAACCUUAAUGUUUGUAUUUGUUAUUAAUAAAAGUUGAGCAGAUUGUAAAAGUUGUAACUUUAUUGAAUUUGUGAUCGCUUUUUUGUUGAAUACUUGAUGCGGCCCGAUCUCACUCAGACACUACCUCCUGCGGCCCCCGGAUUAUCUGAGUUUGAGACCCCUGUUUUAAUGUGAUUUUUAUUAUAUAUGAUGCACAUAUGGAUACAGUUCAGAAAAAAAUAAUUUUUUGUUACACUUUGGAUUAUAUAUUUAUUUCUCUUUGUGUAACUUGGAAUUAGCAUUUUGUGAACAUAUGGUGAGUUUUUUUUAUUUUCCUUAAAUCAUAAUCACAUUUAUAUAUUAAAAUUUAAACCCAAGUCUGUAUUGUCUCAAAAGAGCAUGCAUUCCCCUUUAAAUCCAUACCAAACGUAACAUUUUCUGAUGAAAAACAAAAAAGUUACGAUGGUUUAGAGAUUACAUAGUGCGUAACAAAUAUUCAAAAUAGAUAAUUCCGUCAGAACACGGAAAUUAUUUCCGGAGAGAAAGAGUUAAUUUAGCAUAGUUUUUGCACUUUUACUGAACUAGCCAAGGAAGCAAAGUUAACUUUUGCAAAGCAUUUAUUCUCUAUCUAUUAUGUUUGAUAUAAGAUGGAUGUGUAAAUAAUAAGAUUUUGUUACUGUUGUGUUUAAAGGCGACUCGAUUUCAUCUGUGCAUAUUUUUCUUUCAUAUAGUUUAGAGGUUUUUACAGUUUUCUUUGGAAUCAAAGCAUGUUGAAUGUGUUUUAUCUGCUUUGACUGAUUUUUGGACAUCGUUGCCAUAACCCAAGAAAAAUCCAUAUCCACCAUAUUGGAAAAAAAAUUGAUACUCCACCUUGUAAACAGAUAGCAACAUCAAAACAACCAUUCAAAGACAAAUUGGCCACAGACAAAAGGAGUCUCCCUGAUCUUGGAGAGGAAAAACUAGAACUUCGUUAAAUCAAAGAUCCAGGACUCUAUUCUCACUCAAGAAAUCAAAGUUAUUCUUACCUCACAAUUACAUGCCAAAUGUCUUGCUACAGACUAAUUUUAAGGAACGAUGAAAAGCUCAAACAAACAUUUUCAGGACUGAAAAAAAAUAUGUACGAUGAAUGAAAAAAAAAAUUUACAUUUAUUUGGAUCAUUAAAAAUAUCCUAUCUCAUCAUACUCUGAUAUCCUCUUUUUCUACUGAAAUACUUUGUCACCCAUCUGCACAUUGACCACGUGACCACAAUUAUUUAGGUUUGGAAAUAUAAUAGUCAAAGUAAAAUUUUGAGAAGCAAGUCAAAAUAAUGAUGGUCUCAGGAUAUAGAUUUUUUUAUUUAUUGGGUCCCAAAAUUUUGUUAAAGUACUGUGAUGAUGGGUUGCAUUUGAAGUAAGUGCUCCAUGAUUGAUUUUUGUGGCAAAAGAUCUUGUAUUUAAAUAACAUUCAAGGUUUUGUAUUUUAUGAGCCAAGGAUAUUUUUAUUGAAAUUUCAAUUUUCUAUGUACAAAUUAAAAAAAUUUUAUCAUCAUGUUUUCACCCUGUAAUAAGUACAGUAACUCUGUUUUUCUUACUUAAUGCCUUCAUUUUUAUCCAUUCCAACAAAUUAAGGUGACAAUUUCUAUGAAACAGCGUCUUCACCAUCUACCGAGCUUGGUGAUUCUGCUUCUGGCAAUGACGACGCACCUAUAGAUGAAUCCCCCGAAGAACGAGAGAGGCGAAUGGAUGAGCUCAAGGAUGAACUUGCCAAGGUUUCGCUUUAUGAUAAAACAUUCCUGUUAGAAAAAAAUAACAUAAUUAUCCAACUAAUUUAGUUAUUGCAAGCUUUUCAAUUGCUUCUCAAAGAUUUACAAGUUAUCAUUUUUAUUACUACUAUCCUAGGCUUGUUAAAGAGUAUUGCAAAAAUGUCAAUCUCUUUAAGAAAACAAAUAUGUGAAUAAUACACUUCGUUCAAAGUCUAAAGCAAUUUGCAUCUUGCUGAAGGUCCAUUAACAUUCUGAGCAUCACAUUUUAAUCAGUUUUUAAUCAUAGUAACAAAAUACUGGUUCAAAAACAAAAUCAGAGGAACAGUGAAUCCAGUCAAAGAAGACCUAAAAGUGCAAAUGAUCACGUCACUGCUGUAUCUCUUUGCAGGUUGAAUCUGAAAUAAACAUGCUUCGUCAAGUUUUAGGCAGUAAAGUGCGACAUGCCACAGAGCUUAAGAGAAAAUUAGGGAUUACACCAUUUCAAGAAUUUAAGCAAGACCUGCAGUCCGGGAUUCAACAGAUUAAAAGCUCUGAUUCGUGAGUUAUACUGUUUUAGUGAAGAAAAACUGGUUUGGAAACUUUCUCUUAACAUAUUAUUAACAUUAAAUCUUUAGAAAAUUCAAAUCUACUAAUUUAAAUUAUUUGAUUCUAUUGUUAGCAAAUUGAUCUCAAUAAUCCAUUAAAUUUAAACUUAUACAUAGUUUAUGUAGGUGACACUUUCUAUUCAAUUUUUUCCCAAUUCAUGGUGACAGGCCUCCUAAUUUAUUGACAUUUGUUCUAAAAAUAUUUUUUUGCGUCAAAAUGCAAUCAUCAACCUCAGAAAACCGUGAUAACAUUUAGUGUGCGUUAUGCUAAAAAGUUAUUCUCUAUUCUUAACCAUACUUGAGCUGUAAUUGACACAUCAAUAAUUUAAUCAUCAAACACCUCUAAACAAAAAUUAUCAUAGUAACUUAGUUUUAUAGUAGUGCUACUCUAACAACUUCCAUUCUUUGGGGCGCUAAGAAGCUACUUUUUUUUUUUUAUGCAGUGCUACCGGAGCAUUGACACUGUGAUUUUUAAAGAACUUUUAAGCAGCCAUCCUAUUAUUUCCUUAUCUUUUGUACUUGAGGCCUUACUAAUGAGUUGUGAUUUUCAUUUUUUUUUUUAAAUAGAAAGCGGCCCAUCUUCAUAACCGAACGAGGGUAUCUGUACAUGGCGAUUUUAACACACAGUUUUUUUUAGUCUCAGUUCUGUUGUAAAAUAGAGUAUUAAACAUAUCAAGGUCUAUUGUUCUGCUCAGUAAAAAUGUUUAGGUCAGAGGCGUAGCGAGGGGGUGGCAGGGGGGGACAGAUGUCCCCGGGCGCAAGCUAGUUAGGGGCGCCAAAAUGUGCUUUUAUAUUAUAUUAUUAGUAAAAAUAUUGGGUUUGAGAGUUGAAAAAAAGAAAAGGGGGCGCUUUAAAAUGAAUCUUGUCCCCGAGCGCGAAUCUUGUCCCAGGGCGCCAAACACAUUCACUGCGCCUCUGGUUUAGUUCGUUACUUGAUAUCAUUUAUAUGUGGUUAAAUUUAGUUAUUCAAAUAUUUUUAAAAAAAAGUUUUUUAUAUAUAUUUUUUGGAGAGUCCUGUAUGAAGACUAGCUUUGAUUAGAGUGUGUAAAUACUUUGAGAUGGUAAAUUGCAGUAGUGUAACUCCACCACAUUUACUGUUUCAAACUAAGAAAUGCAUACAAACAUAUCAAAUCACUUUGUCAAAAUUUGGAUCAUCCAUUUCAGAUACCUUGUAUUUUCCUGGAUGCAUUUUUUUUACUAAUUAAGUUCAGAUGUUAUUUAUAUGUUGAACAUUUUUACUGAGUUUGUUUAUAAAGACAGUUAGCCAAUAGUUGUAGAGAAGAGCUAAAAUUGAUAUCAAGCAUUUAUUAAGAAUUUGGAUGGUGUGCUGCUAACAACAUGUUGUUUAUAUCAUCUCCGAAGCUUUUUGCGUUUCCCGUUACUUAUCCGUUAGGAACCCUUAAAAAAAAUUAUGAUAAAAAAAAAGUGGAUUAAAUGUUUGUUUUGGGUCUGCAUGUUGUCUCUUUUUGUUUAUUUAUUAUUUUGUUAAAACUUGGUGGCCUUGUAUUUAGAACCAAAUCUACAACUCUUAUUAGUGACUUGGAGUAAUAAGAUUAUUAAAAAAAAAUUAUAACAAGGUCUGAGGGUGUGUGUGUUAAGAUUAAAUAUUGAUUAUUUGAAAAAAAAAUUGUUUUAUUAUCCAUAAAGAUUAUUAGUUUUGACACUUAACGAACUCAUGCUAAGCAAAAGCUAAUUUUGUCUUAGGAUGUAUCACUUAAAUAAACAUCACUAUUGUCUUAGAACUCACCAAGGUAGUGCAGUUUCUUUUUUUCCCCCUUAGUUGUUUUUUUUUUAUAGCCAGUAAGCACAGGCAAAUCAGUUAUGGUGAAAGCUCUUCAUCAUUAAUGGCUUAAGGGUGUACUACAAAAUCUGCUUUUCCUAAGCCGACCUUAUUACUGUCUCAUCACAUGUAUAUUAAUUCUCUUUUGGCUAAAAGGUUACGUCUUUUAAUAGAGUUUGGAGAUUUCUUAAUCAUCUAAAUUGGAUGUGAUGAAAAAUAUUUGUAAAGCUGCCCCAUACAACUGCAUGCAGAUUUUAUUUUAUUAGCAUAUUUAAAAAAAAAAUUUUUGACAUUUGCACCAAAGCUUAUAAGUAUUCUGCAAUAAAAAAUAAAAAAAAUAAAAAGCUUUGGCUUGCUCAGGCUCUACCUAAUGCCAGUUACUUGUAUACAGUGCUUCUAUUGCAACCUUUUUCUCAGAUACCAAAAGACCAAUGAUACAUUACAUCAGUUGAAUGAAAAGAUAUCGCAUACGCAGGCGUGAGUUUUUCUGUUCUGUCCUUCUCUGUCGUCCUGAGAGGAAAACUUGGCCUUUUCUUUUAUUUGACCUGCAUGUGAUGUUACAGUGUCUCUCUGGGAGUAUCAGUUAAAUGAUUUCUGAUACAUUAUAUUUUUGUUACAACUGGAUCUACACAUUUUUAUUUUGUUAUUAAGCUUGAAUGCCACUUUCCAAAAAAAUGAUAAGAUGAUUCAAAAGUAAAGCAUUCUGAUAUUUUCAGGGAUUUUAAUGGAGAUGGGGCUAAGGAGGUGUAGUGGAGUAAAGAGAAGUAAUGGGAUAAGGAAACGUAAUGGGAAAAGGAGGAGUUAUGGAGUAAGGAGGUGCAGGCCAAGCCACUAAGCCAUAGUCUCAUAUUCACUAAGGUCUCAAAUUUAGACAGUGAUACAAAUUUAAACUUCAGGAGUAUAAACAUUCUAAAUUACAGAAUGAAAAUGACUCUCUGAACAGUGAGUGCAAAUUUUAAUGUAAUAUUUUUAGAACAUUUCCCUUUCAACCAUUUUAAAAUUAAGUAUUUUGACUGUUUUGAUGUUUUUUUGUUUUUUUUUAAAUAUUUAAAUUGUAGCGAACUAAACGGGUUGAUCCCAUUCAAGGGCAGUGAUGCAUUAAAAAAAAACAAAAAUUAAACUUACCCACCCUAGAUGAAAUUUAAUUUUUGAUAAAAUUGAAAAUGAGAUAAGAUUUAGUCCUCACUCAGGAUGUAAUUUCAAGAUAUGUUACAAGCUUUAGAUAUUGAAAACUGUUUAGGACAGAAUCGAUUUUGUUUAAGUCAGGCCAAAUUUUCCUCCACUGGAUCUUAUAGUUGCUCUGUGUUGUCAAUGCAUGCUUGUGGGGCAUUUUCCACUAACUAAAUAUUGAAAUCAUAAAUGAUGGAAUUUAAAACAAAUUCUGGCCGUAAUUCAUGACAAUAAAAAGAUGCUUUUUCAAAUUUGAAAAGUUAUUUGCGAAUGAAACAAUCCAAGCCCUUAAGCUCUAAGCUCUGAAUGUUUCGUUACUGAAACUUAUAUCUUAUGUCAUCUAUUUUCAAUAUUUUCACUGACAUUCUGUAUAAAAUAAUUAAAGAGUAUCAAUCGGUUGUAGAAAUCUCACUGUAAAAAAAGAGCAUGCAACUUUUAACAGACAACCAGACAAAAUUUAUUUGAACAAAUUACCAUGUUUUAAAUACAAUUAUCUCAGUUAGUUGCUUGAUAUUGGAUGUAUAACUUUCUUUAUUAUCACUUUUAACUGCAUCUGCAUCUGUUAUAUAUUAUAUGUACAAGUAUUCAAAUCAUUUUGUAAUUCCCGUGUAGUAGCGUAAGCUGUACACUAUCACCAAUUUUUUUUUUUUUUUUGUGUCUGUUUAGCUGUAUGGAUAAUUGUUACAGAAUGUAAGGCACACUGUUUUAAUAUUCUAGUUAAUCGCAGUCAGAGGGCAUAAAUUUAGAACUUGGAGUAAUCACAUGGGACAAAGAAUAUUUAGAAUAUUCUUUGUUUGCUGGUUGUUGUUUUUUAUUGGGGUGUAGGGGAGGGAAUAUAAGGCAAAAUAAUAAUCUCACUCUAGUUGGCUAAAUGAGCCAGUAAGACUUGUAUCAGUAUUUUGUUCCGUAAUACUCGGAACAUUAAAUAUGCUUCCUUUCUUGGAUAUAAGGCGAAUAAAAAAUCCUGCUUUGAUGUGCUUAAUGAGCCAGUAAGACUUGCAUGAGCUUUAUGAUCUGGUCAUAUUUGUAGGAAAUGUGCAGCUGACAUUAUAAUUUUGUUUUAUGUUUGAACAGUCAAGAGUUUAUUUUAUGUUGUCCUUACUUUGUUGUUGUUGUGACUGAAUUUCAUUAAUAGACUUGAAAAAAAUUCAGCUGCACUGAGCAUCUUGACCCGCUCCGGGCUUUCAUUGAACAGAUUCCAAGCACUGGUUGUUGCUUUAAAAAAAUUUUAUUACAAUGCUUUUUAAAAGGGAACUGAAAUUAUUUGUUUUUUUAAUAUAUUUUUUCUGUCAGGCCAUGCAUUGUAGCAGAGCUGGGCUUCCAAUUGUUAGUGUAAACUUUGCAUUCUUUCACCUCAAGCUCAAGCUGCGAUCAUGUGUUAAGAUAAUUUGAGAAAUAUUUUUUUUUAUCCCACACAAGGAGAUAACUGCCCCCCCCCCCACCUCACAUUUAUCAAAGAAUGUGUGAAUAAAGAUCAGUUAAAAAAAAAUCUGUUUUUCUCUCUUCUAUAAUUAUAUUAUAUUCCCAUCCUGCAAUGAUAUUGAUAUAUUUAUAUAUUCUAUAAUUUUAUAAUGUUCCCAUCUUUCUUUGAUAUAUGUAUAUCUUUUGAACAAAAGUGAUUUAGAAACUUGUGGCUUGCAUGAUUGUAAAGUUAUCAUAUCAUUCUUUUGCGAUAUAAUCACCAGCUCCGCCCCUCAUUAUUUCUAUCACAUUCCCAAUUGUAAAGUUAUCAUAUCAUUUUUUUGCUAUAUAAUCACCCCCCCCCCCCCUUUUUUUUUUCUCCCCCUUUUGUUAUUUACAACCUAAAAAAGUUUUACUUUCUGUUCUUCCUUUGUUGGCCAGGUGACAAAUGAAACACUUUUUUUCCUCUUAAUUUUCAUGGUUAUCUCUGCACAUUUUAUAGAAGAGGGUCAGAGGCAAAGAUUGGAUGUGUGUGUGUGUAAAAUCCCAUUUAUUGGCUCACAUGCCAGAGUCCCUUCAAGUCCUUAAAAAAAAAAAGUUACAACCCCUGGUCUAAACCAAAGGUCAUCUGUAAAAAAAAAAAAGCCGUUUGGUGCCUAUGUUAUUGGUGAACAUCUGAGGAGGAGGAGUCAUCUUGUUGUCAUUUAAGUCAGUGUCACGAAAAAGCACGCCCCUUUUUGUGAUUUUACAAGUGCUGAAUCAGCAUGUAAAUGUUCCAGUGGGUGAGCUUUGAGACCCUCUAGUUUCCUGUCACCUCAUAUGUAUUGUGCGUUGUUGGCAACAUUGCCCCAUCUUCAGUCUCAUUCAGUCACCUCGAAAUUGUUUCAUUGAUGGCGCACUGCGACAACGCACAUCUUGUUCUUCCUGUCACCACAUGCGGUGGAUAAACACCUCUAAAUAAACUACCAAUAACAAGCCCCUCAAACUGCAACCUUUCCGCAGUUCUUGUGUUGCUCUAAAGCAGCGGUUCUCAACCUGUUGGCCGCGAGCCCUUUGGGGGGGGGGGGUCCAACGACCCCUACACCCCUGAGCAGGGGUCGCCUAAGACCAUCGGACAACACAUAUUUAUGAAGGAGCAAUGAAAAUAAUUCAACACGACAGGAGGAACUGUAUGAAAGGGUCGCCGCUUUAAGAAGGUUGAGAACCACUGCUCUAAAGUUAAGAGCAGUGCGUAGUUUGUCCUGUGUAAAUAAAUUCCCCCUUUCAUUUUGAUUCCGAUAUUGACAUUUUUAACCUGUUCUGCUUUAACAAAGAAACACAUUUUAUUUAUUACAAAACUCUGUUGAUUUUCCCCAAUACGCAGGCUGUUAUAAAACACAUUUUUUUUUUCCUCCUCUUCAUUUGUUCAGAUACCAGAAGACCUCGGCCGUAGUGAAGACUGCCACGGAAAAGACAUCCAGCGCCAUCAAUACAAUGGGCCAAGCCGUGGUUAGAAAGAUGGGUGAUAUUAAGUAAGUCAUUUGUUUUUAAAGCACAUCUUUUUUUAGAUGGUGUGUGUGUGUGUGGGGGGGGGGGUAUUUGUUAAACAAAAAUUGCUGAAGCAUAGAGGUAAAAGUGUGGAUAUAUUUAAAAAAAAUAAAAUACAUUACAGGAAUGCCAUUUUUUUUUUUGCUUGGAAAAAUACAUUACAGGUAUGCCAUUUUUUUUGUUUGGAAAAAUAUGUUACAGGAAUACCACUUCUUUUGUUUGCAUGCUUACAAUUUUCCAUUCAGCAGAGAAAGUAAUUUUUCUCUUAUACUAUUUUUAAAACAAAGCUCCCACCGAUGAUGCCAGGUCUACAAGACAUGUGUGACCCUGGAAUUUAAGCUUUUAGCUACUAUUUUAACGCUUAAAAAAGGCAUAUUUUAUGGACUCUUAAACCCAGGGAUUCCUUCCGAUAUGAAAUCACGCAACUGUUAUUUUUAUUCUGAGCUUUUUAAUAAUGCAGAUGUUUACAGUGAUCUCUUAGACUAAAAAUCAUUUUUAUUGCUUGUACUUGUAUGGAUCAUCAAUCCAUCUGUUUUUUUUCUCAUUGUGAAAUAAUAUUUUUUAACUCUAUUGAUACAAUUGCCUCAUGCCGAACGCUGGAGUGACAAAAAAACGACUCGCAAUUAAAAAAAAAGAACUGAUUCAUAAGUUUAAAAAAAAGUUUUUUUUUCCCUUCAUUUUUUUUAGGAAUUCUCAGACCUUUAAAUCUUUUGAUGAGAAGAUGCACACGACCUACGCCAAUGUCAAGGUAAGACAGCCAGAGGAUUCGCAGCUGUUAGAUAACUGAGAUAAGUGAUGGGGGCCUGUUUUAUAGUUGCUUCUGGUCUCCGUGGUGAUGUUCGUUUUUUUAGUGUUGUGCUCCCCAAAAGGUGGGAGAGGGGUGUGUUGUUGUAGUCAACGAAUGACCUGUCUGAUUGUAGUGCAACAAUUAAUGCAGUUGAUUGUUCACUUGGUGGAAGGUUUAGCGUCAUCUUAAAGUUGUUGUCUUUCAGUUGUGUAGAAAUAAAUUAUUUAUUUACCUCUUGAAUUUGAAGUAGACUCACCAUUUUAUGUCAAAACAUUUCAAGUUAUAUUGGAUAUAUUUUUAUAUUUUAUAUAUAUAUUUUUAGAGGAAUCAAACAUUUUAUGUUAAACUUUUCAAGGUGUGUUGGGUAUAUAUGUUAGGAGAAUCAUCCAUUUAUGUCAAAAAAUUUCAAGAUGUGUUGGAUGUAUUUUAGGAGAAUCAUCCAUUUAUGUCAAAACAUUUCAAGGUGUGAUGGAUACAUUUUAGCAGAAUCAACCAUUCUAUAACAAAACAUUCAAGGUGUAUUGAAUAUAUUUUCUGCAGUUUUUAAUGCUUAACAAAUAAUUUGAAGUUUUUUUCUCUUUAAUGCAUUAUUUCAUCCGUGUCUUUGAUAAAAAAAAUUGACUGUUUUUUUUUAAUGUAUUACCGUCAAUGUCUUAAGCUCAUAACCCGUUGUCAACAUUGUUUUUUUCCCAAUAAAUGUACCAUUUUGGGGAUUUUUUACAUUCCUUUUUACAAACCUGUCAAUAGCCACUCUCAAAGCCACUGUUUUAUUCUUUAAAAAAAAAAAAAAAUGUAUUUAGGAUGAUACAUUUUUUAACUGCAUAAUUUUAAAUUAUGUACAUCAGUUCCACUAAUGUAUUAAAUUUGGAAAGAUUAAAGAAAUACCCAAAGAUUCUAAAACACUCGAGAAAUUUUUUUUAACAUUUUUAAAGAAUUUUAGCCAAAUGAAAUGUAUGUGAUAAUUUUCCCAAGUUUAUAACAGGGCUCUUGCCCAUUUAAGGAUUAAGGCCCACCUCAGGGUAUUAUCAAUGUUAAGUUCAGUAGAUAGUCUAAUGUCAUUCAGGGUUUCUUCUUUGGAAGUGUAUCUCAUGAACGCUAUAUUGAGGAAGAUAUCUUUGCUAUCCUCAGAGCGAGUUUUGGAUAUUUUGAAUUAUUUAGACAUUAUUAUGUCUAAUACACUUUAUUGAGGAAGGUUUCUUUGCUAUCAUUAGAGCGAGUUUUAGGAAACUUUGAAUUAUUUUAAAACUGCUAACUUUCAGUAAAUGAAGAUGAUUUGUCAGUGGUUCAGUCUAACAUUGUUCCUCAUUGUGAAUGUCUGUUUGAAACUGCUAACUUUCAGUAAAUGAAGAUGAUUUGUCAGUGGUUCAGUUUAACAUUGUUCCUCAUUGUGAAUGUUUGUUUGAUGCUGGUGAGAUCUUCUUUUUAAUCAUCCAGCUCUAGGUUUGAGAUUAAACGUCUUUUGAUUUAUUGUAAAACAGAAACAGUUUAUGGUCACCUGAGCUUAGCUUUUACUUGCAUCUCUUCCAUCAUCCCAUCCCUGCGGUGCUACAGCCCAUGUAGGGCUCUGGGCUGCCUCACCACUUCCUUCCACUCAGACCUAACUGAUGCUUUACUUUCCAAAGCUUGGAUUCCAAGCUGCUGUAGAUCUUGAUUUUUCCACAUCAUCCAUCCAUCCAAGCCUAGACCUGCCUUUGAGCCAUUUUCCUCUGGGGCUUUGGUGGUGCACCCUCGUCACUCCUUUGUCAUUUGGCAUUAUUUCUAAGUGUCCAUCCCAGCAUAGCCUGCCUAUUUUUUAUUUCUGCUACUAGCAUGGGAUCCUGAUAUAUUCUAUACAAUUUCUGAUUGGUUCGUAGUCUUCAUCCAUAUUGAUUCUCCGGGUUUUAUUUUUUUUUUUGUGGUUUUCGUAACUUUUAUUGUUUUUACAUGGCCGGGUAUUAGCCCUGUGCAAAAACUGCUUGGGGGCUGCCCCUUACAGCUCCUUAGGUAACUGACUUAAUUUUUGGGUAAAGUUCCCUAGCCUUUGUGGAUUCUUCUACUUCCUAAAUUGGAGAAUUUUGUAUGACAAUGAAAAUUGAUGGCAUGGCUCAAGAGGGCAGUUUUAAUCAACUAGCCCAGGGGUGCGCAAACUUUCUGUGCAGAGGGCCACAGUGACAUAUGUAAAGCUAUUGGGGGGCAGCAUGUAUUUUAUGUCCAAUUUUUACAUGUCGAUAAAUAUUUCUCUAUAAUAAAAUCGGUAAAUUCGCAUUUUAGCAUUACAUGACAAAGGUCAAGGACUGUUUAAAAAAAAAAAGGAAAAUUAGAAAGAAAUUUGAUAAAAAAUGUUAAAACAAUCAUAACGGUACAUGGAAUUCUGUAAAAUUCAACAAAAUAACUUAAAACAAAGUAAUUUUUGUUAUUUCUAAAUGCCUUCAAGGGCUGCAUAGUUUGCCCACCCCUGAACUAGCCGCAACUACUGUUCCAACGUCAGUCCUCUAUUUUAACCAUCAAUUCAAUACUUGAGUUAGGCUUUAGAUAAUCGGGUCAUUAUACAUGACCUAGCCAUUGUCCGUACAUUAGCUGUGACUGAAGUACAGUGGAACCCCGCUAUAACGCGAUGAUCGGUGUCCAUAAAAUCGGAUCACAUUAAAAGCGGGGUUGUUUACUUUCGUUCUUAGCACAGCAGAAAUCCCUUACGUAUUACUAUUUAUAGUUCUAACGGAAGAAAGCCUCGUUUUCGGCAUUAAUUUUGAUACUAGUUUGAACGUGGUGCGUUUAGGCGCUCAUUUUCUAAGAUAUUUUGAAAAGUUGUGAUUUUUUUCGCUUUAAAAAAGGGCUUUCCAAGCAAUGGAUAAAAUUUUCAAAGAACUUAGGCCUGAUGGAGUAAAUGAAUUUCAAAUUUCGGGAGCCAUGCUACGACCGCGUUAUAUCCGAAUUGGCGUUAUGGCGGGGCAUGUUAUAGCGGGGUUCCACUAUAUGUUUGAUUCAAAAAAUUGGUAUCCGUUACAGCAAUGGUCUACUCCUGAUCCAAACUGAUUCCCUUUGAGCCAGAAGAAGUGCCUGAUGCCUACAUGAACAUGCCAAGUUAUCCAUGAACUCCUUAAGAACUGAGAUAUUAAUUUAAAGUUGUGGAUUCUUAGAAAAUGAGAACAUCAUUUUUUUUCUUAUUUUGUUUACACGUCCUUUCCCUAUAAACAAACACGUCAAGGUAUGCUUGAACCACCUUAAGAACUGAAAUGAUUGAUUUUAAAGUUGUGGGUACUUGGAGAAUGAGGGCAUCAUUUUUUUUCCUUCUUUUGUUUGCACGUCCUUUCCCUAUAAACAAACAGGUCAAGGUCUGCUUGAACCACCUUAAGAACUGAAACAAUUGAUUUUAAAGUUGGGUGCGUGGAGAAUGAGGGCAUCAUUUUUUUUCCUUCUUUUGUUUACACAUCCUUUCCCUAUAAACAAACAGGUCAAGGUCUGCUUGAACCACCUUAAGAACUGAAAGGAUUGAUUUUAAAGUUGUGGGUGCGUGGAGAAUGAGGGCAUCGUUUAUUGUUAGCAAUUUUAUUUCUUUGUAAAAACUGUCAUGCUCGAUUAUGUUGAGAUAAGUAAUUCUGCAUAAAUUAGGACCAAAACCCAGAGGUUGGAAACCACUAUCACAGCCAAGUGUCAGUGUCUGCUUGUUGUAAUUUACUUUAGAAUAUUGCAAAUAAAGGAGUCCAAACCAGUGAACUGCGUCUUGUGUCAUUCCUAGUUUGGUGCAUUUUAUGUGGACAUAUUGUUGUGAUUUCUCAUUGGUGCUCUUCAGUUGAUUAUUUUAACCCUUCUGAUCGGCGAAUUACUCGUUUUAGCCCAUCUGAUUGUUUCAUUACUCUUUUCAGCUCUUUUGAUUGGUUUUUAUGUUUUUAUUUUAACCAUGGUUGAUCUUCCUGGUUCCCAGCUCUUAGAAUGUUCUGUUAAUCUGGUUGAUUGACUUAAGUUGUUCGAAAACUGUGUUGCGCCUGCUUUAUUUUGUUUUAGCUGAUAGAAGUUAAUCAUUGGUUUCAAUUGUUGAUUUUUUUUUAAAUGUUUUAUUUGUGUAGUCUUUAUUGCUGACCAUGUUAAUAAUCUCGAAGAAGAAGAACAAGCCUUACAAAAUUACAGACACAUUUAUGUCUCGUGGGAUUUUAUUUCAAAACCUAAAUAUGUUUGGAAGGAAUUGCAAACAAUUUUUUUUUUUUUUGGUUCCCAUUUUCUUUUUUUUUUUUGUCUUGUUUUUGUUGAUGACCAUAACUAUUUUCGUCUGCAUCGUGUUGGCCCCAAUCAUGUUUCUCUUUCUUUUUGAACUAGUCCUCACGUUCCAUCGAGGGCUUAAAAGAGAGACUGGUGAGUGCGUAGCCGUUGUGUCUUGUUUUGUGUAUCUUUCUUACCAGUUAUCUAUUUCACCUGCUUUCUGCUUAGCUGGUUAGUUUGAUUUACAGAUGAGCUUUUAAAAAAAAUUAUGUGUGUCUUUUUUGUUUUUUUUUGUUUUUUUUUUUGUUUGGUUUGGGGGAGGGGGUCGUCCAUUUUGAAUUAGCUUAAAUAAAUAUUAAUUUGUGACUGAACUUUGUUUUGCUCAUCUCAUUAUGUUUGAUUAAAUUGAUUAUUGCAUAUCAUUUCAUCAUAAAAUAUUCUUUAAAAAUUUUUUUAAAUUUAUGAUCCACAUUUCAUAGAGAUGAAUAACUUUAUAUUAAGUCAAACUUUUGAAAAAUAGCUUAAGCAAGGGUAAGAUCAUAGUUUUAUGACCCGUGGUUAGGACUCAUGGUUAAUGCCUUUCUAACAGGAUCUAGGGUUAGGACUCAUGGUUAAUGCCCUUCUAACAGGAUUUAGGGUUAGGACUCAUGGUUAAUGCCCUUCUAACAGGAUCUAGGGUUAGGACUCAUGGUUAAUGCCCUUCAAACAGGAUCUAGGGUUAGGAGGAGUCUGUUUUGAUGAUGGUGUCAGGACCUAGAGUUUGGACCAUUCUGUCAGGACCCAAUGUUAACAUCAUACUUUCAUGGCCAAAGAUUCUAAAACUGUAAGAACCUAUGGUUAGUUUCAACUGUCAGAACGCAAGGAUAACAAAGCUCCAUCAAUAUCUAUUAAUUUAUCACAAGAUACUUACCCGGCUUACCGGAUCUCAUCUUACUUAAAUAGGAUUGUACUCCCUUGGCUAGUGUUUGAAUUCUUGGUGUUGUCCCCCUUGUCUGUUUUUCAAAUUAGCAUUUAACCAGAUGUGUGCUCAGUGAUCAUUUUCUUUCAGUUCCCCAUUGGGGAGUGUUCAAUGUUUUCCUUUGCACUGAAAUAGGAAUAUAAGUGCGUUAUAAAGACACAGAUUUUUAGGAAUAAGAUUGUGUUACAAAGACCCAGAUUUUUAGGAAUAAGUGUGUGUUACAAAUACACAGAUUUUUAGGAAUAAGUGUGUGUUACAAAUACACAGAUUUUUAGGAAUAAGUGUGUGUUACAAAUACACAGAUUUUUAGGAAUAAGUGUGUGUUACAAAUACACAGAUUCUUAGGAAUAAAUGUGUGUUACUAAGACACAGAUUUUUAGGAAUAAGUGUGUGUUACUAAGACCCAGAUUUUUAGGAAUAAGUGUGUGUUACAAAUACAGAGAUUCUUAGGAAUAAGUGUGUCUUACAAAUACAGAGAUUCUUAGCAAUAAGUGUGUGUUAUUACUAAGACACAGAUUUUUAGGAAUAAGUGUUUGUAAACAAAAAAAUUAAGGGCACUGGGUAUUUAUGAUGUGCAUCCACACGCCUUUGAAAAUCUUCUCAACACCUUUUCAAAACUGUUCACUUAAAAUUAUUAUUAUUUUUUGUUUCCAAAGCAAUUAAUUGGUGUUCAUCUUGGUUUAAUAGUUUAAGUCUCUUUAUUGUUAGCUAGUGUGUUUUUUUUUGUCUCAACCCCCCCCCCCUCCCCCCACAUCAUUUUUAAUAGAGUGUUAACGGUUUUCUGUUUUUGUUGUUUUUUUUAAACUUUAUUUUUAUGUUUAAUUUAUAAUUUAGAAUAGAAGACUUGAGUUGGAAUUCAAUUUGUGUCUAGUCACUUAAGCUGCAGUGGAAUCAGUCGGGGUUUAAGCAUCAUUGUAUUGUUUUGUCUUUGUGCUGUCCUUUUGGCAGAUUGGUUAUCAGACAUAAAACAUCUCAGAUUCUGCAGGGAAUAAGCAAGAAUUAAUAAUGCCCUGCAGAUUAUGUCAGAAUAAUUGUCAGAUGACAAAGUUUUUUUUGUCCCAUCAAGUUGUCAGCUCAAGCACAUUUGUUAAAUUACUGGGGAAACAUAAACAGAUUAGUGUGACGACCAGCAGCGUUAAGCCUCCUUGUAUUAAUCAAUCAGUAGGAUAUGAUGUAGGUCAGUGGUUCACCAAAGACUUUGACUCAUGGAGCCCGCUUUUUAGAGUCAAUUUCUAUGAGGGAAGCAUCCGAGACCCACCCUAAUAAAUUAAUAGCGUCAGGAGUUUCCACGGAAGAGGGAACGAAGACCCUAAGAAGUAUGAGCUGAAUAGGCCUCAGCGGAGCACAAGUUGGGAACCAUUGAUGUAGAUGCUUAAUACGCUGAGAGCUGGGCAUGACAUGCAGUGCAGUAGAUAAGGUGACCUAGCCUGACUAACUGUGAGGAGUUGUGGCUUGGCUUUUGAUCAAUCUGGAUUUUUACAUUUUAUGCCCGGAGAAAAAAAAGAUGCUUUAACUUGAAUAAGUAUGCUACAAUAAGUGUGCUACACUAAGUAUGCUAACCAUAAGUAUGCUACAUUAAGUAUGCUACAUUAAUUAUCGGUAUGCUACAUUUCAGUUUUUCAAUGUACUUUUUUAAAAUACCUGUUUCAUAAAAGACCUGUUUUUAAAAAAACAAAUACUCCCACAGCAUCAGUGGGCAGUGUUGCAUUCAAUAGGCAAUACAGUGAUGAUAGAUAAAAUUUAUUUGAAACACGCUGUAUUGUGACUGCCGAAAUAGGGGCAUGGGACAGGACUUUGUGACACAUUAUUGGAGGUGUACUGACAUUUUUGGGACACUGACGGCAGCUGUUCUUUUAAUAGAAAAAUAUCUUGGUUGUUUUUUUCCCUCUAGAUUUGCAUGCAGCUUAUUUGAAAUGGCAGCUGUGAUAAAUUAACCGUCUCCGUCAUUGGUUGCCACUGUUUCUCAUCAUUGCCAAUCUCCUCUUUACAUUUCACAGGCCAAAGUCACUGGAAGUCGCUCCUCAGGGGAAAUAGACGAGGCUUUCCGCGAUGCUCACUCUAGCGACGACGUGGUCUCGACGCCAGAGGCUGCAGACGAUGCCACAAAAAUCGACCUGGCGCAGGAAAAAGUCCCCCUCUAGAUGAUCAUUUUGGGGGACUUUUGGAACCCUGCUCUGUUCUCAAGACCUGCUUCGACAAGUUUCUUUCCUUUUUGUUCUGUAUCCAACUGGGGGCCUACAUUUUUUGUUGCAUUAGCUGUACUCGGGGGAUGUUCUGUUCUUCGUUUAACUCUUGGUCUAUGUAAGACUUGCUAUCUUUUUUUUAAAAAAAAAGAAAAUGCUUUAUUCUCGUUGUGUCAUUUUUUUUGGAAAAGAACUAUGGAUAUGUUGGACAUUAAUUAACACAGGACAAACAAUGUUGUUUUUAUAAGGUUAUUAACUACUCAGUCUAGAAGAAGCAUAUGCAUGUGUAGUUUCUCUUUCUUAAAAAAAAAACUUGCAAUCUGUAAUUUUAUAUGUUCUUGUUAAAAGUCCAUUCAUUUUGAUUGUACUUGCCAGGGAGCUGUGAAUAAGAUUAUGGAUUUAUUAUAUAUACAAUUAUUGAUGUUAAUUAAUGAAAUCAAAAUGUUUCAGAUGCUACUCAAUUCAAAUGUACUAAUUAGCAUUGUUAACUUUCUUCCGAAACCUAUUUAGCGCUGAUUAAUUUUUACAAAAGACCCGACACCAGCCACAAGAGCUGAAAUAAUGGAUUUAGUUAGGAGUUGGGGGCAAUGGUUAAGUUUUUUUAUCCACUCUGGCUAGGUGUGAUUAAAUGUGUUUUUUUCCAAAAGAAAAUUUCCCCCAACCCCCCCCCCCCCCCCCCCCCCCCCUUCUCAAUAGUUUCACAUCAUUUAAUAGAGGUUCUCAUUUUUCCACAAUACUUAACAUUAACAAAUAGACAAAGAGUUGUUUUUUUUUAAAUAAUAAAAUAGAAAUAGUUCCACAUGUAUUUGCUUUUAAAAAUAUUUUUUAUAGAAUCAGUGUUGUUUUUUCUUCCCCUCUUAAAUUGGGAGAUUUUUCAGAUCCCCUUUCCAGACCUGUUUACUAUUAUGAUUUUGGCGUAUAAUGUACGAUUUUUGAGGCGUAUACAUUAAAUAUACUGUAUGUUUAUUUUUUUCACUAUUAAGAUAAUGUAUGGAGCGAUUUAGUCAUGAUAUUGUACGAUUUUAAGAGUUUGAGGGUAAACAGGUCUGCCUUUCUCCAAUUCCACAAAGCUACAAACUUGGCUCUAAUCUGCAAUGGCAAUGAUGAUGUGUGUUUUCGUCUCAAGAGAAUUUCAAACCUGACCUAAGGAGAUUUCUUUGUGUUGUCUGAUAGGCCGUUGUUCAUAAUGGGUUCAAUUUUUGUUUCAAUGACCCAUGCUUUGAGUGCUAAAGGAACUGGCUGUAAUGGUUGUUAGUUAAAAACCGUAUCUCUUAAACCAGGGCUCCCCCAUCCCAUGUACAAAUAGAUGUCCAUAAGGCUUUCAGCACGGUUUCCAGCUCUCUGGAGAUUCUGUACCUGAUGGUAUAUAGGGUAAGUAAAAGACGUUUUAAUGAUAAAAGUAAUGACAUUAUCGAUUCCCCCUCCAAAAGUUAAUGGCACGUAAACAUUUGUAACUCAUCUCCUUAUUGUUGAGUGGUUUCAAAAUCUAAAAUGUGUGUGCAGAGAUAACAUAUGCUUUAAGAAAUAUUGAACUGUUUGUGGUGUAGCUUAGGGUCGUCUCAUUGAAAUUAGCUGUAGCUAUAAAUAGAUGAUGUUGAGAUAACAGAUGGAGCUGGUAAUGUAGUAACCAUAGUAAACAUCGUUCAUUGUGUUGGUCUGUGGUUGUUUUUUUUUUAAAAAGCUAUAAACAAAGGAUACAUGUCGGUCAUAUGUCAUUGACAACACCGAAUUUUGUACAGGGGAUUAAGGUAAUUUUUUGUCAAAUUCAUUGGUCACUCUGGUAUACUAUGAUUGAUGAUUGCAAUUUUUUCUGAUGAUCUUUUGAUCUGCAAAAAGCAGAUACAUUCAGUCCAAGCAUGCUUUGUUAUUAGCAAAAAAUCAGUUGGCUGUUUGAAUUGUAUACACAUUAGGUGCAUCAUUCUUCUUGUUUUCGAGAGAGAAUAUCCCAUGACCAGCAGCUUAUCAAGACCUUUGUGCAAGAUACGACAGUUGCAGAGGGCCAGGUUUUUUUCUCUAAAACUUUUCUUAAAAUGUUCCAAAAAAUUUUUAUCUAUUAUUUUUUAAAGCAUCAAGGAUGAAUUUUUUUUUUUUGCUGCUGUGUAAUUUUGUUACUGAGCUGUCUGAAUUCAUCUUUGUUGUCCUUCAAUAACAAAAAAAUGCGUUUUUGUUCAUCAAGAUUUCAGUUUGCAUGAUAUUUAUAAUGUAAGCUUCUUGUUCCUUUUCAAUCUGUACGCAAUUGCAUUGAUGUCAUACCAAGGUUAAAAAAUUGUAAAGAUAUUGUAGUUCCAUGCAAUGUUUGGGCAUUUUUUUUGUACCACCGUUUACCCAGUAUGUACCAGGACACAUCACCAUGGGAGCCCAAUUUUCGGCAAUUAGUCUCAAUUGAAUACUCUUUGUGUGUUAUUUGUCACAGUCUGAGCUAAGUAGUCUUGUUUUCCCACAUAUUUUGUGCAGAUUUUUUUUCUUUCAUUCUGUUACAAUCUUAGGUACCGGUAUGUUGGUUCAAAUGUGUGUCCUAGAGCUAUUCAUUAACAAAAAAUUUCUUAUUUGACCUGGAAAAGCUCCAGACCAGGGGUUGGGAACCUUUUCAUGGCAACUUGCAAAAAAUUAAAUUUUUUAUCUUGUUUAAAAAAGAUUGAAGAGCAUCAUGAAAAAAAAAAAGAAAAAGAUGAGAUAUAAUUUGUUAGAGUUAUGUUUAUUAUAUUAAUUUUAGCAGAGGCUGCUAAUGAUGACAUUGGCCGUUACCACCACAGAAGCAGCCAUAAGUUACACCACAGAAGCAGCCAUGAUGUCUGAUUAAACUUAAAGUUAAUUUACAUUUCAAAAUAAAACCAUUUUGGAAAAAUAUUUAAGUGUCCAAGAGCCAGAGGUGAAAACUGCGUACCCGACCCCUGCCCCGGAGAACUGUACCCCGGAGUAUAUUCACACCAGUAACGAUAAAAAUGAAAGGGAAUUUUUGAAAGUAUUGACAUUAAUUUGGCAACGUCCCUUGUUUUUGGCAGCAUUCCUAAGCAUUUUAUAUCAAAACUUCAUUAAAAAAAAUUUUAAGAUACAUUUUACAUAAUUUAAGGCACAAAUAAUUUAAUUUCUAGUUUUAUCAAUUAGGCACAGUCAUUGCCCGCUCAAUUACUUUCAUCGGCUUUAUGUAACUCGUUCAUAGUAGGAGGGGUUAAAAUUUGCAACUUUGUCGCUUUUCCCUCCUGAGUAAUUAAUUCAAGCUCCAUGAUUGAAAUUAAUGGAGGUGACUUUCAACCAAGUUAAUUUGGACGUUACUGAAGAAAACUCACAUUCCAUUUAUUUUACUUGAACAGACUAAAUGACCAGACUAAUUCCACAGACUGAGUAGUUGGUGCUAGCAAGAGGCACUUUAUCAAAACACAGCUGGAAAAGCUGGAAUUUGUUCACAACAUAAUGCCGCCCCUCUACGACUUUUUAUUUUAAGAGUUGGUGAGUGGGGAGGCCAGAAGUCUGAUAAUUAUAAAGUGAUGGUCAAUAUCAAGUUUGUUCAAAAAAAAAUUUUUUUUAAAAAUAACACAGUUUUCUAAGAUAAUGUGAUUUUCAUGUGUGAUGAGUUGAUUUUUUCUUCUUUUUUUUUUAUAUUACAGAUUCCUAAGAUGAUGUUUUGUUUAAUUUUUUUUUGGNGGUUUCAAGGUUUGCAUUGUUUUUAAAACCUUUCAGCAAAAUAGGAAUUUUGUCUAAUGCUCCCCAUUGGUUUUUUUCCACUUAAUUUGCAGCUGUUCAUUCAUUUACAAUGUAAUUGUUUGUCACUUUUAAUCAAAUGACUCAAAAUUGGGGACCACCAAGUUUUUUUAUUUAAAAAAAUAAAUAAAUACACAUGGACAUUUUUUUAAAAAAGUUACUUAAACUACCAAAGCCCUGUAGUGCUGGUAGCUUCUUGAACAGCCCAUAAAAUCUUACAUUACAGUCCCUGUGAGCCACACAUCACAGUGAUGUAGUAAUAAGAUGUGCUUGUUGAAGAGAUUUAACUUUGACCUUAUUUAAGAAGCUAAAAAAAUUAUUUUUUUGUAUUCAUGUUGUUAUGUUAUUUGUUUAUUAUUUUAAGAUUUUGUAGCCUGCUCUAUUUGGUCAAAGGGCUCAUACAUCUUUAAUUAGACCAAUGGGAUCCAUCUCAAUUCAUCUUUCUUGGGAUUGAUGGAAUCUUUAGUCCAUCACUUCAAAACUCAUGAUAAAGGUAUAAAACAAUGGACAUUCUAAAUCUUAACAUUGGUCAUCUGAGUUAGUCAUUAUAUUUUUAAAAAUAAUCUUUUAUAAGGCAAGAUAAACCAAAACCUUUUGGCUUAAAACUAGUCUCAUGUCUUGGAUGUUUUCAGUCUAUUUCGUGAUAUCAUAAUCGACUUCAUUUUUGUUCCUCCCAAAAAAUACAACACAUUGCUAUAAUUAUUCCC